AUGGCAGGCAAUCGGCUUCGGACCGUGCUUCCGACCGACAUGUUCACGUGGGUGUGUGGCCAGCAGGUCAAGGUGAAGAACACCUUCUUGGACGAUGUGCUUCCAGAGGCUUCAUCCAACGAAUCCACGCUGACCGCAGAGGCCCAUACGUGCCCGGAGCUUACACGGCGCCGCAGCGAUGCCCAGUCGAGCAGCUCCGGCAGCCACGGUGCAGGACAGGAGAGCCUGCCUCCAAACGUAGAGAUGCCAAACACCUUGCUGACCUUGUCUACACCUCCAGCAACGAUGCUUGGGGACGAGUGGCACCUGGACUCAGUUGGCAACUGCAUGGGCCCAGUCGUGGAGCCACUCAGCUCGCAAGGCAUCGACGACUUCCGCCGCGCGACGCGUGAGACGGGGCAGCUUUUGGAAGCACUUCAGGCGAUGCCAGGGUUGCCCUUUGCGGACAUCGUUCUCAGUUCCCAUCCUCCGAUGGCGGGCCACCACGCCGAGUUGGCAUGUCUCCCCAUGCUGCCAGAGGUUGCCGGCCCUCCAGCGGUGCUGAGCACGUUGCCCUGCCAACAAGAAGCAACCUACGGUGCUUGGAAGCCGGCUGGUGCGGACACGGAGGCUGAUACUGCGGAACCCCAGAACAGCGACUCAGACAAGGCCUCGCCACUGAGCUCAGACGCCAGUCCUUGCGACAUCCAUGUCCAGGGCUGGACCACCAACCAUGUAAAUCAAACGCUUGCUGAGGCGCCAUCUGGGUGGGAUGGCUAUGCUGCAAAAGCGAAGUCGAAGGCGAAGUCUGCGAAGAAGCACAACCCAGGACAGAAGAUCUGGUGCCAUUUCUUCAUUGACCCCGUGAUGCUCCGGAAUGGUUUCGACGUCAACAAGAAGCUCAUAGGCCACGGUGGGGCCAACACAAAGCGCAUCUACGAGGAGACAGGUGCCAAGAUUCGGCUGCGGGGCCGUGGCAGCGGCCAUGUCGAGGGCGAUCGUGGCGAAGCCCCCGUGCACCUGAUGCUGGCAGUCACAUCCGAGACAAGGAAUCAGGACAACUUUCUGGUUGCCUUGGAGUUGUCAGCCCAGCUGUUGCAGAAAGUGACGAUCAGGUACCCUGACUUCUGCAAGGCCUAUGGCAUCCCGCCACCCACAGAGCCGCUCUUUUGGGUCGGUGAGCUCAGCCAGGAAGCCUUGAGCUCCUUGAGCUGGGCUGCGGAUGACAAAGUGCAGAUUGGCAAGGUGGCUGUGCCCAUUGUCGUUGAUGUGAGCAGCCCGACCAAGCGCAAUGCCAAGCCCCGCGGGCCCGAACUUCUGCAGUAG